AUGGAAACCCAUCACUCAAACAACCCGUCGCUAUUGCCUUGGGAGGCUCACGCCGCUUCUUGGGAUGAAACCAUGGGAGACGACGGAAACCAAUAUUUCUCUGCGCUGGAGUUACCCGUCCUAAAGAAACUGGUCUCUCCCAGACCAGAAGAUCGCGCAUUAGAUCUUGCGACUGGAAACGGUCUGGUUGCCCGGUGGCUGGCCCAAGAAGGCGCCUCGGUGGUAGCCACAGACGGCUCGAAGGCGAUGACUGAGCAGGCUCGUAUCCGAACUCGCGAUUGGUACCAACGAGGACGACUGCCCAAAGAUAAAAUAUCAUUCGAGGUUCUGGAUGUGACAGAUCAGUCAUCUUGGGAGCUUUUUGUUGCGAGCCAUGGCCCAAUUACGAAGAAGUUUGACAUCAUAACCAUGAACAUGGGUAUCAUGGAUAUCCACGACAUUGAGCCUCUAGCGGUAUAUGUGAAGCAGCUGCUAGAGCAAAAUGGCCGCUUUGUUGCCACGCUGCUUCAUCCGCUAUUUUUCACCUCGGGCGCGGAUCGUCAGAUAACAGUGCGUGAAGAUCCGACGACUGGGCAACGCCAACUAGACCGUUCUCUUGUUCUGAGGCGCUAUCUCAAUGUGCCCCCAGCGAGACAAUUGCUCUUUUCUGAUGAUCCAGGAUCACAGCCACCGCUCUGCUUCCACCGACCUUUGCACGAGCUCUUUGCACCUUUCUUUCGCGCAGGCUUAAUAAUGGAUGCUCUAGAAGAGAUGGAUUUUGAUGAAAGUUUCCGAGAACCUAUGCGCGAGCAUGCUGCGAGGAAUUAUACUCAAUUUCCCAAAAUCCUCGCAUUCAGGAUGAGAUUUGCCCCUUCGAACGGGUAG